AUGAAGACAUUUCCAUCCCUCUCCGAGACACAGGAGGCAGAAUUGACCGAAAAUUUGCUACAAUGGAGCUUGGGAAACGGGCUUACAAUGUACCCGGUGAAUUACAAGACCCACAGUGCUACGCAUGCUCCGAUAACGAUCUUUCCCACGCCAUUUGCAAAGAAGGCGUUUAAAAAUGCUAUGGAUGUGCAGAAGGGGUUCAAUGAGUUGUAUGCCAACGUUGUGAGCAAGUCAAAGGAGUGGUUAUUGGAUCUUUUGAAGGAAUUGGCCGUUUUUGAUGCUGAUUUCACGGGGAAGCUCUAUGAAUCGUACAACAAGUCAAUUGAGUUAAAUGGAGGCAAGGUGAAACAGCCACUUUCGUUGGGUAUAUUUCGGUCGGAUUACAUGCUCAAUGAUGUUGAAGAUGACCCUCAAAUUAAGCAAAUCGAGUUCAAUACUGUGAGUAUUUCGUUCGGGGGAUUAUCGACCAAGGUGGGUGAAUUGCAUAAUUAUUUGAACAUGAAAGGAGCAUACGACGCGGAUUAUUCGUACAAAUACUAUGACGACGAGGAGAUUCCGAUUUCUGACUCGAUUAAUGAAUUAGCUAAGGGACUUGCUGACGGUAACUACCAUUACAACGGCAAGCAGGAGAGCACCAAAACGAUUGUAUUAUUUGUAGUCCAACCGGGGGAAAGAAAUUGUUUUGACCAAAGACAUAUCGAGUAUUCUUUAUUGAAAAACCAUGGCAUCAAGUCCUAUAGAGUGACAUUAGAAGAGGUUGCUGAGAAAACGACCGUUAAUCAAGAUAAGUUAUAUAUCAGGUCAACAAUGGAUGAAGUUUCCGUGGUAUACUACAGGUCUGGAUACGCGCCUAGUGACUACGAAAUGAAUCCGGAGGCUACCUGGAAUGCUAGAUUACAAUUAGAAAACUCACUUGCUAUCAAAUGUCCCUCUUUAUUAACACAGUUGUCGGGAGCUAAAAAAGUGCAACAAAUUUUGACGCAAAAAGGUAUGGUUGAAAAAUUCUUGCCAGACAUAUCCCAAGAUGAAUUAGACAAGUUAUUAUCUACGUUUGUUGCAAUUUAUCCUUUAGAUGAUUCAGAAGAAGGUAAAACGGCUAAAAAAUUGGCAUUUGAAUCUCCAGAAAAGUUUGUGUUGAAACCUCAGAGAGAAGGAGGUGGUAACAACAUUUACAAAGAGAAUAUUCCUGAUUUCUUGAAAAGUCUAGAUGAAAGCAAAUGGGGUGCUUACAUCUUGAUGGAGCUUAUUAAUCCUCCACAUCACAAAAAUAAAAUUAUCCGAGAAGGUGAAGUGUUUAACGAGAAUAUCAUUUCUGAAUUGGGUGUUUUUGGAACCAUUGUCUUUAAUGAAGAAAACGGUGACGUAUUAACUAAUGAAAAUGCAGGUUGGUUAUUAAGAUCGAAGUUUAGUUCCAGUAAUGAGGGUGGUGUUGCCGCUGGAUUCGGUUGUGUUGAUAAUAUAUAUUUAUAUUGA